AUGUCGAUGUCUAUCGAGGAGCUGGACGCCACCGUCCGCGCUUUCUACGAAGGCCGCGGUGACCAGCAGAAGCAGGCUCAGGCCACGCUCAACCAGUUCAAAGAGAACCCGGACGCAUGGCUCAUGGUCGACAAGAUCCUGCAAGAUGCGCAAUACCCACAGACGAAGUACCUGGGCCUCCAGGUGCUGGACACGGUGAUCAUGACGCGGUGGAAGGUGCUGCCGCGCGAUCAGUGCCAGGGGAUCCGGAACUUCGUUGUCAACUUCAUCAUCCAAAUGAGCAGCACAGAAGAGAACCUGAAGAAAGAGAGGGCGCUAUUGAACAAGCUGAACUUGGUCCUGGUGUCCGUCUUGAAGCAGGAGUGGCCUCACGCAUGGCCCACCUUCAUCAACGAGAUCAUCUCGAGCUGCAGGAGCAGCCUUCCGAUCUGCGAGAACAACAUGGCAAUCCUGCGCUUGUUGUCCGAAGAGGUCUUCGACUUCUCUGCCGACCAGAUGACCUCGACCAAGACCAGGCAGUUGAAGCAGAGCAUGUGCGAUGAGUUCACCAGCAUCUACAACCUCUGCUCUGAGAUCUUGAAGACAGCAGAUCAGACCAGCUUGAUCAAGGCCACUCUCGAGACUCUACUGCGCUUCUUGAAUUGGAUUCCGCUCGGCUACAUCUUCGAGACGCCUCCAUCUGGAAUGUCUUUGAUCGAGACCCUGCGCAGCCGCUUCUUGGAGCAGCCUGAGUUCCGUAACAUCACACUCAAAUGCUUGACAGAGAUUGGCAGCCUGCAGACGGACCACAACUGGGAUGAGAAGUUGGUGCAGAUGUUCACCGAGACUCUGACUACAAUCUCCAACAUCAUACCACUCUCGCUGGACCUCAAGUCCACAUAUGCAUCCUCGAACAGCAGGGACCAGGAAUUCGUGCAGAAUCUGGCGCUUUUCCUGUGCAACUUCUUCAGCAACCACCUCGGUAUCAUCGAAAACCUUCCCAACAGCGACUACCUCACACAUGGCCACUUUUACCUCAUCCGUAUUAGCCAGAUCGACGAUCGUGAGAUCUUCAAGAUCUGCCUCGAAUACUGGACGAAGCUAGUGUGUGAGCUGUACGACGAGAUGCAGCAACUGCCGAUCACAGACAUCAACCCACUCGUCAACAUCGGGGUCAGUGGCCUCUCUAACGGCGGGGCUCCCAACCCGCAGAUUCUGGCGAACUACCCUCUGCGGAAGCACAAGUACACAGACAUCCUGUCCAACCUGAGGCAAGUCAUGAUUGAGAAGAUGGUGAGGCCAGAGGAAGUCUUGAUCGUCGAGAACGACGAAGGUGAGAUUGUGCGCGAGUUCGUCAAGGAGUCCGACACCAUCCAGCUUUACAAGACGACAAGAGAAUGUCUUGUGUUCUUGACGCAUCUGGACGUUGUCGACACCGAACAGAUCAUGUCCGAGAAGUUGGCGAGGCAAGUUGAUGGCACAGAAUGGAGCUGGGCCAACUGCAACACACUCUGCUGGGCCAUCGGAUCGAUCUCUGGCGCCAUGAAUGAGGAGACGGAGAAGCGCUUUUUGGUGACAGUGAUCAAGGAUCUGCUCGGCUUGACAGAGAUGAAACGCGGCAAGGACAACAAGGCGGUCGUUGCUUCGAACAUCAUGUACAUCGUCGGUCAGUACCCACGCUUCCUGAAGGCUCACUGGAAGUUCCUCAAGACGGUCGUCAACAAGCUUUUCGAAUUCAUGCACGAGACGCACGAGGGUGUGCAAGACAUGGCGUGCGACACCUUCAUCAAGAUCGCAAACAAGUGCAAGCGGCACUUUGUGAUUCAGCAGCCCGGCGAGGGUGAGGCCUUUAUCGACGAGAUUGUCCGCACGAUGCGUAAGAUCACGUGCGAUCUUUCGCCGCAGCAGAUCCACACUUUCUACGAGGCUUGCGGUUACAUGAUCAGCGCUCAGGGUCACAAGAACGCGCAGGAGAGAUUGAUUUCGGAGCUGAUGAGUCUGCCGAACGCAGCCUGGGACCAGAUCAUCCAGUCCGCUCAUCAAGAUCCGGGCAUCUUGCAGAACGCGGAGACGAUCAAAGUCAUCGGCAACAUCAUGAAGACCAACGUGGCGGCAUGCAGCAGCAUUGGGUCAUACUUCUACCCGCAGAUCGGCCGGAUCUACGUCGACAUGCUCACCAUGUACCGGGCCUCAUCUCAGCUUAUCGAUGAGAGCGUGCAGCGUGAUGGCAACAUUGCGACGAAGAUGCCGAAGGUUCGCGGGCUGCGGACUAUCAAGAAGGAGAUACUAAAGCUCAUCACGACUUAUGUGGACAAGGCAGACGACUAUGAGAUGGUCCACCAGACUCUUGUGCCACAACUGCUCGAGGCGAUACUGCUCGACUACAAGAGGAAUGUGCCAGAUGCGCGAGAAGCUGAGGUCCUGGCGGUUAUCACUGGGCUGGUUGUGAAAUUAGAGGGCACAAUGACCGAACAAGUCCCAGCCAUCCUCGACGCCGUCUUCGAGUGCACUCUCGAUAUGAUCAACAAGGACUUCUCCGAAUACCCAGAGCACCGCGUCGAGUUCUUCAAGCUCCUCCGCAUCAUCAACCAGAAGUGCUUCCCUGCUCUUCUGAAGCUGGACCAGCAGCACUUCAAGCUUGUCAUCGACUCCUGCAUGUGGGCCUCCAAGCACGACAACCGCCUUGUCGAGGGGGAGGGACUGAACAUGUGCUACGAGCUCAUCCAGAACAUGGCGGAAACCGACCAAGCGACUUGCGACGCCUUCUUCCAGAACUUCUACACGACCAUCCUUCAAGACAUCUUCUUCGUCCUUACCGACAGCGACCACAAGGCCGGCUUCAAGUACCAAUCCAUGCUCCUGAACCGCCUCUUCUACUUCGUCGGCGUGAACAAGAUCACUGGGCCUAUCUACAGCUCCGAAGAAGCACCAGCUGGCACCAGCAACCGCGACUUCCUGCAAGGUUUCGUCGCGAAGCUGCUCGGCAACGCUUUCCCCAAUCUCCAAGAGGUGCAGGUGAACAACUUCAUCCGCUCGCUCUUCGAGACCGUCGACGAUCUUAACAAGUUCAAGCUCGUGCUGCGGGACUUCUUGAUCCAGUUGAAGGAGUUUGCGGGCGACAACGCGGAGCUCUUCACCGAGGACCGCGAGAAGGCGGCGCAGGAUGCGAAGGAUGCGGAGAGGGAGCGCGCGAUGAAGGUUGGCGGGUUGCUCAAGCCGAGCGAGCUGGAAGAUGAUGAGCUAUGA